AUCUUUUGAUUGGACUCUCGAUUUGUCUCUAAAUAUUAUAGUUUCUUUUUCUUUAUUUUUGUUAAGUUUUUAUGUUUAACAAAUGACUUUCGAGCAGCAUGUUUAAAAAAUAGCAGAAUAAUUUAUUGUCAUUUGUGUUUACUUAGACUCCAACCGAGCUAAGUUUGCAUCAUAUUGGCAAUGAUGAUAAAUGCGUAAUUAUACUCAAGCUUGUCCUCGAGGUUAGCAUUUAUCACAUGUAGUAACACAUACGGUGUCGCCAUUCACGCACUUUAUUUCGGAGACUUAGCGGCAAAAACAUUUGCUCAAACACUUUUUUUUUUUUUUUUUUUUUGGCGGGUAUAUUGUAACUUAUCUUACCUGGCUUCUACCCGAAUUCGCGCCAUCAUUCACAUUUCAGUGCUCCGCCACUCCGCACGUGAAAAAUUACGCCGCGAAUAAACGAAAUAAUCAUGGGCAAACGUACACGUACGGAUUCAAAUGAUUAUGAGUGCAUUGCGAGAAAAGUUAAAAAACUCGAACGCAUGUUAAUUCGUGCACGGCGUAAACGUAGUGAAGCAUUGCAGUCCGCAUUGAGGCCGACAUCUUUGCUAUAUAUUUAUUUAAUAAAAUAUAAUAUUCAUCUAAGGCUAACAUCUUUGCUUUUUUUUACUACAACGUUAGAUCGUUGCGUUUCAGACGUGCCCGACAACGAACAGGAAUCCAGUGUAAGGGUCACCCACCCCGCGCCCGUCCGGCCAACGGAAAGAUUGGCCACACCUCUUCAGAUGCGCGCAGCAGAGAGCCCAGCCGCGCCUGCUCCACCGCUGACGAGAACGUCUGCGCCUGUUUUACUUUCGACAAGCGCCGAUCCAGCCCCUACCCCACAACCAUGCGUCGCUCAGGAGGUAAACAACUCGCCAACAUCGUUGCCGCUAGGCGAGCCAGCUAUGGACGCCUCUGCUGACGCAAUGGAUCUCGACGAAGAUCUCCUUAAAAUAUUAGGGGACGACCCCUCUCAAGUCAGAGUCUACGGCAAGGAGAUCAGACCUGAUCUUGCAGUACGCUUGCAACAUAUAGCUACUAAUGGGCUAGUAAAGACUAAAGAUACACGUAAGGAACUUUUAGACAGGUACUUACCUCCUGCUAAUAGCGCCUUGAUUGAUGCACCUACCCUCAAUCCUGAGGUAAAAGCCGCCGUCCAUGAACAUGUCUUUAAGAGGGACAAAAGCAUAGAAAUACGACAGAAACAGAUUUCAUCUGCAAUUUCCGCCUUAUCAGAGAGCCUUACCUUGCUCUUGACUGAACAACCAAAGAACACAAAGCUGAUACAGCUAUUAAUGGACUCUUGUAAGAUUCUAUGUGACAGUCAGCACGCAGAAUCGUUAGUUAGGAGGAAUUUUAUUCUUCAUAACUUAAAAAAGGAGCUUAAAGACGAAUUACAAACAACAAAAAUUGACAAGUUACUCUUCAGUCAGGAACUUGCUGAAAAAAUAAAAGCCGCUAAGGCCAUAAAUAAAUCUGGAGAUGAUUUGAAAGCCACACCAUCGACCUCAGGUCUGCAGGCUAAGAAGAACAAUAAUAAUAAAGUACCCCCCAAGAAUUUAAACUGGCGAGGUCCUCCCCAGAAUUAUUACAGGCCGAAGGGUACUCAGAGGACGAAGGAGCCUGCACUGAAGAGCCGUCGCGACAACUCCUCGAGAAAAUCAUCGCAUCCGCAUCACAGGCGCAGCACCCGCCGCUAGAUAUGGUAAAGUUUGCCGGCCGCUUAGCUCACUUCAGCUAUCAGUGGUCACUUCUAACUAACGACAAAAUUAUACUCUCGUGGAUACAGGGUUAUCAAAUACCCUUUUCAAUGCCUGUCGUACAGCGUACGCCACCUGUCCCUAGGGCGUAUUCCGAUUCAGAGAUAACACAGUUCCGACAUUCUGUUAGCGACCUACUAUGCAUAGGCGCCAUUUCGGAAUGUCAGAGCUGUGAAGGCCAAUUUAUAUCCCCAGUUUUUUUGGUACCUAAACCGAACGGAAAAAUCAGAUUUAUCUUAAAUUUGAAAGAGCUAAACAAAUUUAUAAAUACAAAACAUUUUAAACUUGAAGACCUACGCACGGCCUUGAAAUUAAUAUCUAAGGAUAGCUAUAUGUGUAACCUAGAUCUCAAGGACGCGUACUUUUUAAUACCAAUACAUGGACAUUUUAAAAAGUACCUUAGAUUUACUUUCGAAAAUAAAUUAUAUCAGUUCAAUGUCUUGCCGUUCGGUUUAAACGCCGCACCUUAUGUUUUCACUAAAAUUAUGAAGCCAAUCAUCAGUCUGCUUAGAUCUUGCGGCUAUCUGUCCACCGUGUACCUUGACGAUUUGUUAUUGAUAUCUAGGUACCCUAAUACAUGUCUAGAAAAUGUAUCAGACACUAUAAACCUUUUACAAUCCCUAGGUUUCAUUGUAAACCAUGAAAAGAGUAAUUUAACGCCUCAUACGAGUUGUAAAUUUUUGGGAUUCAUCAUAGACUCAAAAAAUUUAGAGGUUACUUUACCACUGGACAAAAUUGAAAAAAUUAAAUCUGAAAUCAACAAAUUCCGUAAUUUGAAACGUUGUAAAAUUAGAGAUUUUGCUCGUCUUAUGGGUUUACUUACUUCGGCAUGCCCAGCUGUCGAAUAUGGUUGGCUUUACACCAAAGAACUAGAGCGUUGUAAAUAUUUAAAUUUAG